AUGAUCUUUAUAUCUUUAUUCAUUCUCUCCGUAAAAUAUAACCCUUCAGAUGAUCCAAAGAGUGGAAUAAAAUGUAAAGGUCCUCAUACAUUUGUUAAUGGUACUGGUAAAUGCGAAUGUUCAGCAGAUUUUCCAUUCGGUGAUCCUUCAUCCGAAAUUGGAUGCUGGACUUGUAACCCGCCUUGUGACUUGAAUGCACAUUGCUAUGGACCAGAUCAAUGCAGAUGUAAUGAAGGAUUUAUUGGUGAUGGAUUAGACGUUUGUGAGAAACCUGUUCCAAGUUUAAAGAAUUUCAUACCAAAGUCCGGUUCUGUUAACGGAGGAGAAAAAAUUACUCUAUUUAUCAGUGUAAUUGCUCCUAAUUACACAGCAAUAAAAGGUUUUUGCAGAAUAGGACCUAUGAUUUAUGAUGCAAUUUCCGUUAAUACAACACACAUUACAUGCAUAACAGAUAAAAGUAAGCCUGGAUCUUUCCCUGUUAGUGCUAGUUUCGAUGCAGUUCAUUGGUCAACGGAUAACGCUACUUUUACAUAUAAUGCUGACGGUGCCACCCAAGUAUCUAUCUUCUUUGGCCUGUUCUCCACAUUCUUAAUUAUACUUCUCGGAUAUAUGAUUUUUUAUUAUCUACAAAAGACAGAUAAAUUUAUGGAACAAGCCGAUGAAGUUCUUCCAUUGACAAAGUGGCAUAUGAAUACGCCACAUAUUACGCCACAGGCUGAGCAAACCUGGUUUGAUUUCUUAUGGAAUAUUAUUAUUGAAUAA